UCGCCAUCUCCCUCGCCGAUUUAGCAUCCCUAUCGUACCCGCACUCUUACCCGAGCGAUACAAGCGGAUAACCGGGUCGAAAUCGUGCUAAAAGUGGGUAUUUCAGGGGGGAGUUGAAGCGCCAGGUGGGAGAGUGUUGGAACCUUGUUGAUCACCAGUGUUGUUUUGUGGUAGCGGCGGCGGCGGGUGGAUGUUGCUGCUACACUGACUGACUUUUUCUCCUCUCCUGGCACUGGCAGGCCGCAUGCGGCACUCUCACCCACCGCACACCUUCACGCCCACCCCGCCCAUCCCGCCCACCGCCCCGAAAUGGCCGCAGGGAGGGCCGUAAGGCGGUGAAUUAGUGAUGAAACGUAGGGGUGAGAUGUACACUUGUUGAGCGCUGGGCAAGUGGAGCAGCUCACACCAUCACUCAUACCAGCACUUAUACCCGCUAAUACCACUAUGAUGUGAAGUUGAUGAGAAGAAUUCAGUCGGACGAGGACCAGGCAGAACUACAAAGGGAUCUGGACAGGCUGCAGGCCUGGUCCAGCAACUGGCUCCUGGAGUUCAACCCCACCAAAUGCAAAGUCAGGAAGAUUGGGGAAGGGCAAAGAAGACUGCAGACGAAGUACCGUGUAGGGGCCCAGAGACUACAAACCUCACUCAAGGAAGAGGAUCGUGAGCACGUGCAUGAGACGAUGAAUAUCAACAUGGCCGAAGACGAGCGCAUGUCUCCCGAUCUACUGGGCAGCAUAGACCCUCACCAGUCACACUCACCAUCGCCCGAGGAGCCCCGAGACCUUAGCAUUAAACGCAAGAUGCGUCCAGUUCCGCCUCCGUUGGACCUGAGCAAGCGGAAUUUGGAGCCAGAGGCCAUGAUUCCAGAGUUUGCAGCCAUCACUACAACCAGUCCUAAAUCACCACUCACACAGAAGAACUUGCCAUUAAGAAAGAGAGCUCACAGCUGGUCGUUUCAGUUAGAGGCACAAGGUCUGCAGCUGCCUGCGACAACAACAACACCAGGAGUGAUCCGAUCAACAGCUGAAGUGCGAGAGCAGCACACAGGUAUACCCUCAUCCUCAUCUUCCUCUUCAUCCUCAUCACUAAGGAUCCCCGGCUUGCCCACGCCUCAUACACCACAUACUCCUCAUCCUCAUUCUGCGAUUCCAGUAAUUACCAGCAGAUUUCCCUUUAGCGAGGGAAAUUCCAAUGGCUCGUCCUUUGGUGCGGGGGACAUGUCUGUGGGUGCCCAGGGCCCCUUAAAUUUAUCUACGGCGGCCAUGGGGUGUUUACCUUCCUCUCUACUGUCUCCAGCGCCAUCGCAUCCAUCCACAUCGUCCCUCAACUCCUCCAGAGAAGAAUUGGAAAACGAGGGGAUGAUAGCGGACUGCCACGUGUCUUAUUCCCACGUGCCUUCUCCACACGUACCCUCGCCGCAUCACGUGUCUCCACACUUGCCGUCCCCCCAUCUUCAAGGCGUCCCCAUGGGGCCACAAGGCCUUGGCGGACACGGACACACAGACAGACUGGGCACGGGGUCAUCCCCGUGUCCAUCCUCAAUCUCCCCUCAACCAACAUCAGGUCAUCAGUGGCCCACAAACGUAUGGUCUGUGUUCAUGUCGGGCGUGCGUGUCCACUUUGUUCUGGGUGGAGGUGGCCAGGUAACGGGGGCGAGGUUGAGCGAGGAGCUUGGCCAGCUGGAACGCACUCACCAACAGAGGUACGCACCCCACGGCUUGCACCUCAUGCGUAUUCUUCGUGAGGGUUCGUCGUCACACAUGUCCGCUCCCAGCUACUGCCAGCUCUACUUUCGACCAGUCAUGGUACAGCAGGAAGACAUCAUGGUAGUCACACCGCCAGAUCAUCCAUUCUAUGUACAUGGCAAAGGUUGGUGCAGCGUGUUCCCUGAAAGAGCCACUGAGCGGUAUAGCCUUCCGUGCCAGCAACUCCAGGAGGGGGACGUGUGUCUUCCGCCCUACCAUCCAGAAACCACGCAGACGCCCAUUCCUGUCGUCACACCGGAUCUUGCUGACGCCAUGAAGAGAUUUGACUUCAACGAUGACCCAGCAGAGGGGGGUCCAGGAGCCUACUCUGCACCCCCCAGUGCAACUUUUCCACCGCACACGCAACGCACAAUCUUCCUCUCUCCACCCGCGUCGCCCUCGAAGAAGAGUCGAGACGGACGUGGUGGAGGUGGAGGGGCCAUAGGCAUCGAGGGCGGGGGGAACCGUGCCCGGCGACCGAUGAACGGAUUCAUGCUUUUCGCCAAGCACCACAGACUCAAACUUAUCCAGCAGUACCCUGGCAAAGAUAACAGGGCCAUUUCCGUUCUGUUGGGCGCCAUGUGGAAAUCACUACCAGAAGAAGACCGAGAAACUUUCAAUGCCGAGGCACGGGCCCAGGCCGAGGAGAGAAAGCGUAUCGAUCCCGACUGCUGGAAGAGAAAGCGUUCUCACUCGACCAGCUAAAAACUAUUUUGCACUAGGCCUAGUUUAGAAAAAAAGAGUAGAAAUGUCACUUUUGCCCUUAGCACGACUCGUUGCCUCUAGGAAGAUUGAUAUAUUGUCAAAGAUGUUUGCCAAAUUUUGAUUUUGUUAGUACUGUGGCAGGCUUUGGUAUGUGGGUGUCCCUCAUUUUAUGCGGAUUGGCUUUUUUUUUUGUGAAUUAGCGAUUACACGGCAUUUGAUUACUGUUGGCAGUUCCCCACGUCUGACGUGCAAUCACCAUUUCCAAUCAUUGUGAUUUGCAAAAGUAUUGAAGGUGUUUUUUGUGUGGAAUUAAACACUGACUACCUGACCGAGCCUGAUACAUCUGCCAUAGGUUGGGAAUACACCUGCAUAAAGCCAGGGACACCUGUUGAAUUAAAUAUGGCAUGCAACUACCCAUGGCUUAAUUAUCUGUUCAACGUUGCAUUUUCCAAACUUCAUCUUGCAUAGAAAGAUGGAAGAUUUACUGUUCCUCAAAAUUUCUUUCAUGUUGGAGAACUGUGCUAGUGUUUUAAUAUUUAGAAAUUGAAAGAAACAUUCUUUGGGCAAUUCUAGAAUUUUUUUUAUGUGACACACUAAACCCGUACUGGGUCGUGAUGGAGGCACGGCCCUCCAUUCGCCAAUCACGAGACAGACACGCUACCUACCUGCAUUCACAGAUUGCCGUGGGCAGUCCUAGAAAAGGUGGAUCUGGCAUCCAGUCAGGACGCUCCUGGCUUGCAAAUGGUGUGGACUCGGCCAGCUUGCACAUUUUCUUAUAGCGAUGUGCAAUAGUAUUUUUGAGUUACAAACCUUCAGACAUGCUAGUUUUUACUGUGGGUGAAGUAUGGUGUAGCGGACAAGUGGGAGCGGGAAACGCACAGCAAGAGCAUACCUUUAUUUAAUGUGUUUCACCUACACAAGGCUUUAUUACGAUAAGAGGAUGUGCUAGACACAAGUGCAACAUCCGGGUAUCUUGUAGACGUCUCUGCCAUCCAGUGGCUUUAUCAAUACAAUAUAUGGCUCAAUGUCUACAAGAUACCCAGGUGUUACACAUGUCUAAUUCUUGUUGGUAUUGAAUACCACUGAUACAUAAGUAUGGUAAUAGCCUCAUUCAGAUGAAAUACCAUACUGAUAAAACCCUCCUCUUGCUGUAUGCAUCUCUCUGCCACUGCUGUAGUUUUUAUUGUAUUUAAAAGUGAUGCUGCAACUGGAAUAUCAAGGAACAAGUAUUAUCAUCAUAUUUAUAUUUAGUUGGUAAGGUUUAAGGAUUUUUGUAAGUAUUCUCCUUAUACAGUAGUAAAUGAUCUCUGUAUUACCACUUUCAGGGGUUAUUACAGUCUACACUUAUUGUAUUUAUUUUGUACUUCACCUACUGUAUUCUACUUUUAGCUGUGUCAAGUAUUGACCAUUUUAAAUGCAGUAUUUUAUAAGUUUAUACAAGAUUUUAUUUUAUUUUUUUUUUAUUUUUUUUUGGGGGGGGGAUUUUUGUUUUUUUGAGUUUUGUUACUUGAAACGUGAUUUGCUCAGCUGAUGAUCAUUUUAAAACUUGGUAACGAGGCAAUAUAUCUCAUCGCAGUAUUAGUUUUGUGGUAAUUAAAAAUGUUAGGUUCAGAAUAACAGAUUGUCUUAAACUUAAGUUCAGAAUAACCAGCUGUUUUAAACUUAGGUUCCUUCCCAAGCAACUUAGACCUUGACCCUAGCAUUGCCCUCUCCGUCGACCGUGGUAUUCGACUGUGCUUUCUUGUAGUCCCAGUAUAUGCUCAGUUGAAAUUGUAGCUCACGACAUUACGCUUUCCUUGCCACCCUCAGUAGUUUUCCAUUCCUUCCCUGAUGUUAGUUUUGCAUCUUUGAAUAUUAUGAAUGACAUCUCUCAGGCACAUUAAGAAUCAAUUAUACUAGGGUGCAGGGGGUUCCCUGACUUGGACGCCUGAGUUAUGAUGAUCUACAUUCACAAAAGAGUCCAAAAAGUGCAUGCAGGAGGCCACGCAUAUGCAGCACUUUCUUUUUGGUGUUCCACAUUUUGUAUAUAUUUGGUAGAAUUACCAACUAUGUAAAGUAAGAGGACACAGGUGCAACUAAUGUGACAUUUUAUUGUGGCAACGUUUCGCUCUCCAGGAGCAAUGUCAAGCCGUUACAAACAAUACAUGGACACAAGAGGGUAUAUAUAGGUGUAGAGUGAGGUGCAAUACUAGUGGUAGUAGUAGUAGUAGUGAUAGAAGUUGUAGUAGUAGUAAUACAAUAUGGUAGAACAAGUAAUAGGUUUGAUAUCCUUUUACUCGUGUGCAAGUUAAUUGUUCUACCAUAUUGUAUUACUACUGCUGCUGCUACUUCUACUACUACUACUAUUACUACCACUAGUAUUGCACCUCACUCUAAGCCUAUAUAUACCCUCUUGUGUCCAUGUAUUGUUUGUAACGGCUUGACAAAGCUCCUGGAGAGCGAAACAUUGCCACAAUAAAAUGUCACAUUAGUUGCACUUGUGUCCUUUUACUGUUCCACAUUUUCAUUGGCUUCAAAUUGAGCCAUUGUUCAUUAUGUCACUGGUGGGUGGAACAAUGGCCGAGAUGGAAAUCAACCAAAACAUGGAACAUUGAAAAUAUGUGCUAUAUAUAUGGGACUCUCCUGUAAUUGGAGAAUCACAAAUGCUGACCUGCCAUCGCAAACGUGCGUCAUAAUUAUCCACAGCAGUACUAUGUUAUCUGGGAUAAUGGGUUCGUGGUUGCAAGAGAUUUUUGUAAGUUGAAAUACUAGGAAGGCAACUUGUUCAUAAGUCUGGAGACCCCUCUAUAUGCCUUAUUUGUAUGUGAUACUAGGAAAGUCCAGAUCUUUAAGACAGUUUCCCAUCAAAUACUGAUUGAUGCUGCAGUCACUUCUCUUAUAAAGCUUCUCUAUAAGUGAUUUUCUUGCAAAUACAAUUAAAAAAGAUCGUUCAAAAGGCCUUUCAACAAACUUUUCAUGUGUAUUUUUCAGUCACAUUUAUAAAAUGUUCAUCGUGUAUACCCAGAGGGGAUUUUGGGGGUCAGCACCUCGGUACAGAGGUUUAUAAGAGAGUUUACUGUGUAUCAAACUUCAGUGAUUGAUGCUAUAUAAAAAUUUUAAUAUUUGCACUCUAUAAGUGUUAACUUUUUCAUAUACUCAUUGGCUGUUAUACAUUAAUGAAGGAAAGACAGGUGGUUGAACAUGUUGGUUCAACAAACACUCGGACAUGUUACAAAAUGCUUCAGGUCUGGGACCUGGCUUGGGGUUCCAGGUUAAUAGUAGUCAAGGUUGUCCCACAGCUAAAAUAUUUUCUGAUAUGUCUUAGUGUUUGUUUGUGUGUCUUGUAAAACCACCAGUGGGCAUCAAUUAGCAAAGGUUUAUGCCCAGCUCUUACUGUGUCAAUGUUUUGCUCUGUAGAGCUGUGUCGAGUCACUUGUUUUGAUUGAGCUCUGCACAGAGCAAGACAUUGCUGCAGUUGAAGUUUGCUCUGCACUCAUAUUUUCGCUACCAUAGAGACCAUGCGUUUCUAUCUGUAAUCCUUUGCUUGAAAAGUCGAGUGAAAUCAUCCAGGUUUUGGUUUAAAUUGCUCUAAAAUCUUAAAGAUCUAUGAGUUCAGAAGUGAAGAUUAUGUCUUCACUAUGUGAUAACUGGUAAGGCUUGUCCUCAUAAUAUACAGGAGUUCCCCCUGCAUAUAAACCAUCCUUUUUUUUUUUUUUUCUUCAGAGUUUUACAUUUUCAUUGCAUUCAAAUUGAGCCAUUGUUCACUAUGUUCCAUCUGCUGGCAGUAGUCACCGGUGGAUGGAACAACGGCUCACUGAAAGCCAAUGGAAAUGUGGAACAACAGAAAUAGUUUCUGUAUAUACAGGGGAAACUCCUGUAGUUUGCCCUCACUCUCCAAAUUAUUUGUGUAAUUUGGUUUGUUGUUGAAUGGCUUCUGAUUUAUUCUUAAAAAGUACUCCCCAACAAAAGCCAGUUUUGUAAGAAACAAAAUGUUUGUACAGACCUCAGUUCUCUGUGUACAUACGUUAUCCACAGUGGCAAUUUCCUACUAAGGUGACCCAAAGAAGGCAGCAUUUGCCAUCGUUCAGGCAGUAACUGCUUUGCUGGAAGUUUGCAGACCUCAGUGCAAUUCAGUGUUCCUUAACCCAUGUGGAAACACAGCUUAGCCCUUUCAGGGUCAAGAGGCCCUCUCCUAAACUUGUUCUCAGAGUCAAAAAGUUUUCUGAAAAAUUAUUUUUUCUUAUGAAAUGAUAGAGAAUCUUUUCCCGAUCAUAAUAACACCAAAAGUAUGAAAUUGGCGGUCUCGCCAAUUUUUACGCAUCGGCAAUUCCACCAAUUCCUGUGUAUUAGUCGACAAAAAUCAUAUUUAUUUCGCUAGAACUCCAUUUUUUUCUAUCGAAUGAGUACAAGAAACCACCCAUUUACCAAUUUCAACUGUCCAAUAAAGUGGUUAGAAAUUGGCAAUUUUGCCAAUUUCACACAAAUUUCAGAAGAUGCCAAUUUCCAAAUAGCUUCCAGAAUAAACAAGAAAGACAUUUCUGGCACCAAAAUAACAAGUUCUCUGUUCAUUAGUCAUGUCCCCACACCCCUCUUAUAUUUCUUUUACUUUCCACUUUGAAUUUUUAUUCUUAAAAAAAUAGAAGAUUUACUGUUAUGCAGACUACUACAUUAGUGUAGAAAUGGUAUAAAUAAUAUCAGCGCACUUGUGAAAGAAUAUUAGACUCACCAGUUGACGUGUAUUGGACGCUUGGCAUGAUUUGUUUACUUUUGAACUUUGGUAAAAAUCGAACAUUUCUGCUACUUUGAGCUCAAUUUCAAGGUACUUUUCAUUGUAAAACCAGUCAAAUUCAUCUCAAUUUCUGUAAUAUGUCUUCCAUUCUAUAAAAUGAGACCAGGAAAACUAGAAUACAUCCAUAAAUACCAUACGAAAAUAUACUGAAAAGUCGCUGUUUUAAUCCAAAAACACGGUCGGAGUUUUUUUUUCUCAUUAUGCACUGUGUGCUGCAGGAUUUUUUAUGCUGUGCACACUGACCACAUAGACCCAUUCUUUCAUAUGUAGGCCUACCAGCUUUCUCUCACUAGAUUUGAGGGCACUAGAAUUUAGGCAUACUAGUAUGUCAAUAACCCCUGGUGCGUAAGCCGUACUAGUACAUACGUCGAAAACUCUGAAAGGGUUAGGAACACCAAGGAAACAAAAAAUGGAAAAUAUAUAUUGAAACUGUUACGUAUGACCAGGUAUAAUUUUACAAAUAUAUUAUAAAUUUUGUUCAUUUGACCUUCAUGGCUUUAGCGCUUGGUUUUGAUUAUAAUAAUAACCAUCUCCAGUGCAACACUUAGCUGCUGUUUUCAACUUCAUCAGUAUUAAACCCGUAUAAUCGGUUCAUCAUCAACCCUCACGUGGUGUUCAUACAGCUUUGAUCAUUGUGUAUAUUCUUGAAUAUUAUGUAUAUUUGGCUAAAUUUCCCGCCUCCACUUUUUAAUUUAUAAUUAUUAACACGCCGGCUGUCUCCCACCGAGGCACGGUGACCCGAAAAAGAAGAAACCGAUCCCAGUGCACUUUAUAAAGCAGUUCUGAUAGUCAAAUGGGCAGAUUCUUGUGCUCAGUAUAACAGAAGUAGUGAAAAAUUUAGCUGAAUUGAGAAAUGGAAUUGGCUUAAAAUAAGACUCAGAGUGGGCAGAAUCGCCCAAGCUACAAACUUCAUACUUGUGUAAUUCCGUAAGUUUUCCAUCAAAUUUCUUAUUUUUUGGUGCCAUUACUUAACCCUUAAACGGUCCAAACGUAUAUAUACGUUCACGUGCGUAGCGCCCCAAACGUAUAUACUGUAUACGUUUUCUUUGUCAUUCAUUCAACACUGCCACGAUAAGCCUGAGUCACCUAGACAUGAGAGAAUGGGUGUGCGCACUCACUGUGCACCAUAUUAAAAUAAUUGGGGAUGCCUGGGUAUCAUAUUCUCUUUUCGUAUUAAAAAAAAAAAAAAAUCUCAAAAUUUGGGGCGCUACACGAGUGAACGUAUAUACAGUGGACCCCUGGUUAACGAUAUUUUUUCACUCCAGAAGUAUGUUUAGGUGCCAGUACUGACCGAAUUUGUUCCCAUAAGAAAUAUUGUGAAGUAGAUUAGUCCAUUUCAGACCCCCAAACAUACACGUACAAACGCACUUACUUAAAUACACUUACAUAAUUGGUCGCAUUCGGAGGUAAUCGUUAUGCGGGGGUCCACUGUAUUCGUUUGGACCGUUUAGGGGUUAAAAGAUUUUUUUACAAUUUCUGCAGAGGAAAUUGUUUUUGUUUUAAAAAUCCCGACACUGAGCACUUUAAUUCCACGACUCCGGCAAGAGAAAGGGUUAAUAAGCCCAGAGCCUUUAAUUCUCCAAACACCCAGAAAAUUAUAUAUUCAAAUUGUCUGAGUGCAUCGUUUGUCUCUACAUGUAAUGUAAAUUUUUACAUGUGUUUUAAAUCCAUAGUAGCAUUUAUUAUUUGCCAUUUAUGUGAAAACAAUUAAAAACAGUAAUGUUUGCAUUACAUAAAAUUAGGAUUGAUUUGAAUUUUUGAUAAUUAUGGAUUUUUCUUUAUUCUGUGAAAAACUUCACAGAAGUGUAAGAGGUGGACUAAACAGUCAAAAUGCCGUAUUGAGAAGAAAAGUUGUAAUGAUGUUUUGGUCCAUGUUGGGCCAUUAAUCAGUCCCACUGGUUAAUGGUUCAUGUUGGACCAUUAAUCAGUCCCACUGGUUAAUGGUCCAUGUUGGACCAUUAAUCAGUCCCAUUGGUUAAUGGUUCAUGUUGGACCAUUAAUCAGUCCCACUGGUUAAUGGUUCAUGUUGGACCAUUAACCAGUCUUACUGGAACUUAAUUAUGGCUUAUUAAUGAUCCUAGUUUGACCAAAAAGCCUUUGUAAGUUUUGGUGUUGUAAGUGCUGGUUAUUUGUGCAAUGGGAGCUAGUCAACUGACUUGACUCACAUUAUUAUGGCUUAAUACUUUAAAUAUAUAACAGAAAAGUUGGGCAGUAAAGAAAAAUAGUCACGACAUUGGAUCUGUGGUUAUUAACCGCCACAACAACGUGAAUAAUUUUUUCGGCAUUAAGAGUUAAGACUCGCAAAAUUGUAAUAAUACGAUUGUAAACAAGCCAUGGAAUGAGUGGGGUUUAAUUCCUUGGGUUCGAACUCCACCCAUUCAUGGUUGAGGUUUAAUGACAGUAGAAAUCUGUCAAAAAUCAAAUGGAGAUCUAGAGAUGAGAAUUUAGUGACGAGCAUCUCUCGUUUAGAUGUUUGCAUGUGUAGUAACUGUCAAAUGUACAGUUUUUAAAUAAGUUUGUGGCCGGGUCACUGAAUGAGGUAAACUUUGCAUGUUAGAAAAAUAGAAGUCACAGUACUGUGACUGGAACAGUUCAUGACUGAGAACAAAAAUCUCAUUACCAUAACUGGAACAAUUUACAACUAAGUCAUAAUACCAUAACUGGAACAAUUCAUGACUAAGAAAGUCGUAAUACCAUGACUGGAACAAUUCACAAGUCAUAAUAACAUGGCUGGAACAAUUAGAUAAUCAGUGACCUGUACAAACAUUUUGUUACAAAACUAUGGUUUAGUACCCAGCAAGUACAGGUGCUCCUUGACUACAAUGGGGUUGUGUUUUAAUGAACUCAUUGCGAGUUAAAAUUAUCGUAAGUUGAAAAUAUUGCAAGUUGAAAAUGUUGUAAGUCAAACUGCGCCAUCAUAAAGUUGAAAUGCAAGUCAAACCACACCAUUGUAAGGUGAAAAUAUUGUAAGUUGAACCACAUCAUCGCAGAGUGGAAACAUUGCAAGUUGAACCAUGUUCAGUGAGGAGUACCUGUACUGUAGGCUCGGUGUGGAGAAGCGGGGAGUACCAUAGGCCUAUAAUUGACUUCAUGUGGCAAUUCCUUACCUGCUGCCUUGUGCUCGUGUGGCAUACGUCUUUCACAAACAUGAGAAACGUGUUUUGGAACAAAAUAGUUUUUGUUCGUAGCCUGAAAAUAGAUUGAAAAUGUGUUGAAAUGUCAUGAACAAAUGAAAAGAAUACAGUGGAGCAAUGGGUAUUUGAACCCGUGGUCUGGCAGUCCUGGGUUUACCAUCCCUGUCUCUUGACCAGGGGUUAAGCACAUCAAACUGGCAGUCGUGGGUUUACCACCUUGCUUCUAGCCCGGGAGAUAAGCACAACCCACACGACAACCAGACUGGGGAUUUGAACCCCACUCCACUGAAAUACAGUAAACCCUCCAUAUAGCUGACAAAAUCCACUGGUUAAAUCUUACUUUUAAUUCACAGACAGUCGGCUCUUAUAUAACUCCUCAAUAUACGUAAUGUGAUUUUUUUGUAAAUAUGAUUUAAAAACUGCAUCAAAAAUUUAAUAUCACGGACUGUGAAGGCCUUUCAUGCAGUUUAAUUUUGGAUGUACUUCUUCAGUCGCAUUUCCAAAAAAAAAUGCAUUAUAUAGAGGAGCGUUUUAAAUAGUGUUGACUGUAUUUUGUGUUUAUUAGUUGUAAAUUUCCAUGAAGUAUUAUAUAUACAGUAAAAUACUUUAGCGAUUUUUUUCUAUAAUUUUUUUAAGCGCUUUUAAUGAACACAGAGAAAAUCCUAGUGAUUUUUUCUGUGAUUAUUUUUAAAUGUGUUUUAAUGGACACUUGAAAAAUCCUAGUGAUCUUUUUGUGAUUUUUUAAACAUCAAUUAAUAGACACUGGGUAAGUCCUUCCCUAAUAGUGCGUUAUAUUGAGGGUUCACUAUGGAUGCCUAUUUUUUUUACUCUUCUCCCCGUCCUUACUUUCCCCUCUUUCCUGCAACUAUGUUAAGUGUAAAUUACUAUUGUUAUAGACAAGGUCUCUUGCUAAAAUUUAUUGAUGUUACAUAUUGUAGCGAAUAUAUAGAGAGAAUUGUAUGAUUUUUAUUGGAAGCAAAUUUUAAGUGAUAGGUUAAGAUGUAUAAAGUUGCUCAGAAAGUAGGACUAAGUUGUCUUAUAAGACUUUUCUAUUCGUUAUAUUUUUUUGCAAAUGCUGUUGAAAGAGUUCAUUCAGAAUUGAAUAGUGUGUACUGUAAAGGUGUUUAAAGGCAUUAUUUACUUCUGAAUUACUUAUUGCAAUUGCACUUAUCAGUAAUAAUAAUCUUUAUUUCUACAUGUAUGUGAUACAAAUUAUACAGAGCAUAGCUAACAGCAUUGAUAUACUGUAAAGUCCCUGGUUAUGCAGAGCAUUUCCCACAACUUAGGUUAGUCUUAUCCCCCAGGAUGCCACCCACACUGGUCACCUAACGCCCAGGUUACCUACUUGCUUCUAGGUGAACAGUGACAGCAGGUGUUAGUAGACUAACAACCAGGUUACCUGCUUACUGCUAGUGAACAGUAACAGCAGGUGUUAGUAGACUAACACCCAGGUACCUACUUACUGCUAGGUGAACAGUAACAGCAGGUGUUAGUAGACUAGCACCCAGGUACCUACUUACUGCUAGGUGAACAAUAACAGCAAGUGUUAGUAGACUAGCACCCAGGUACCUACUUGCUGCUAGGCGAACCUGUAGCGGGGACUGAACAAUACACACUAGAGGAGCUUUAUAAGACAGCAAAUUGUAGUUUGUUAGAUAAUAUUAAGCUUAAAGAGCUUGAGUACAUUAUUAUCCUGCCAGCUCUGAGGUGAUCUCAGUAGAUGCAGUUGUACAAUGUCUUUCAUCUGUCCUCAAACUCAUCAGGAAGAUUAGGAGAGCGAAGCCAAAUUUGUAUCACUAACCCCUGUGUCUCUCUCUAUCUCUAUCUGUCUCUAUCUUUUUCUCUCUAUCUUUCUCUCACUCACUUUUUGUUUAAAUUCUUUCAUUGGCUGAAAUUCCAUUUUUCGAAGGCAUUUCGUCCAUCAGUUAAUUGACAAACCACAGCACGGAUGGGAAUUGAACUAGUGGCAAGUGAGUCGUAAAACUCACUCUCUGCGAAUUCAAUCCCCACCUGUGCCAUUCUUUGUUUGCAAUUGUGUCAUAACGAUUUUGUGAAUCAGCUAAUUGUUUCAAAAACAAGUUAAUUUUGCUUUAUUGGAAAGUGGCAAUGGUAUUCUCAACAACUGGCGUACGAGGUUUGGUACAGGGUAGUACAGCGCCCCUCCUGCAUUAACACAGUCAAUAUGAACUUGUAAAUAAUUAACAUGUUAACCAAUUGUCAGAAAUUGAAAUUCCUAUACGUAUUUGUGCAAUGUUCGGGAAUCUUUAUCAAGGAAACAUUUUGCCAAAAAGUGGCUUCUUCAGUCCAAUACAAAGAAGAAUGGUUAAAGAUCAGAAGGAGUUUGAGGUUAUCAGUUCCUGAACCUGGAGUUGUGUUGAGUCCAUCAGCCUUGGGAACAGCACGAUUGAUGGACUAAACACAUCGCCUCCAGGCUGAAGGACUGAUUACCACAAAUUCCUUCUGAUCUCCCAUUGUUCUUCUCUGUGCUGGACUAAAGAAGUCACUGGUUGGCAAAGUAUUUCCACAAUAAACAUUUCCAAAUGCUGAACAAGUGUCUCAUUUUUUCAACUCGUGGGUUUUCUAAACCAUUCAUAACAUCGUAUGUUUAAAAUGUGAGACAACAAAUCUGUCAUUAACAUGACAAUGUAUCGGAGGUGUGCCGUAUGGCACAGUGAGAAUACCCUUACUAGCAUAGUUCAUGUGAUCUCAGUGUAGAUGGCGUCUAUCUGUUGCCGCUGUAGCACAGAGUCUUUGUUUAUAUUAUACAGUGACAGAUUGUAGAUGAGGCUUAUUCUUUUAAAAAUUAUUUCUGGGUAAUAAAGUUAAAUUGCCUCUCGUGUAGAUGGGAAAUCGUUAAAUUACCUCUUGUUUAGACAGGGAAUGAUUAAAUUACCUCUCGUGUAGACGAGAAGUUGUUGCUUAUAUGUGUUGAAUGUUGACCGCCUCACCUGCAUUUGUCACGUUAGAUAUGGUAUGCUUUAAAUGUUGGAUAUAAUCAAUUAGUACUUUUUUUUUUUGUAAACACAAAACACAUUUUUUUUUAAUGUGGUUAAUAUUCGUUUUAAGUCUCGACAAUCACACAGUGUAAAGAUAACUAUAUUUUUAUCGUUGUUAUUUUAGUGUGAUUGUAGCCUGGGAUAUGAGGAUUAUUGUGGUGUUCAUUUUAAUGUCCAUAAAGCUGUAAGGAAACCCUGUCCCUCAAACUGACACCCAGCCUCACUUAUUCAAGAACAAGAAGGCACAAUACCGUGACUGUAACAAUACACAAAUAACCUGCACAUAGGAGAGAGAAGCUUACCACAAUAUUUCAGUCCAACUUGGACCAUUUACAAGAUCACGCUAUCACAACUACUGCUUCUACUUCUGUACUACUUCCACUACCACCCUUACCACUACCACCACUUCUUUUUCUUCCUCUCUUGGUCCCGUCCCUGUCCUCCUCACGUAUAUACAUAUAGUGGCUCACUCACUCUUUUGUGUUAGUGUGACUUUGUAAAUGGUCCAGGUUGGACCAAAACAUCGUCAUAAGUUUCUCUCUUAUAUGUGUGGGCAUUUGUGUAUUAAUUAUUAAAGAAUUUAUUGUUCUGGAUGAUGGCUGCUUUAUUGGGCUUAAAGCCUGUCGACUACACCAGAGUCAUUAAGGCUACAAGUCGCCUGUACACCACCAGUUGAGGACACUUCAACACCUAAAAUGGAGAUUAGGUUAAAGUCUCAGCAUAUGUACACUGAGAGAUGCAUACCUCUCUAUGUAUAUACCAUACCCUCUUUUGAACGACGGCACUUCAGCUGGGUGAACACAAGUGCAUGGAAGUUGCUCACAGCCAGCACUGAUGCCAUUCUCCUGCCUCCUAUUCAUAUAGACACAUUGUUGCUGCUCAAUAUGGCCACAACCACUGCUAUACCAUAGUUUCCACCAUAGCUCCAGUGUUGUGAUGUUCACGGGUAGUGUAUGAAGGGGGUUGGUGCCGUCAAGCUCAAAAUGUCGUCAAGAAGAGCGUAACCUCCUCCUCUUCAUCUUUCUACUUUAGGCGGCUUGACUACUAGAGGUCACUAGCACUGGUCUUUGGAGAGUAUCAGCCAAGAAUAGUCCGAUCCCUAAAAUAGGGACUAAAGCAAACUCUCAGUGUAUAUACACUGACAGACAUACACCUCUCGGUGCAUGUGCGUGUGUCUAUAUUCACUAUACGUGUAAUCCUGUCUGAUCUCACUACUCUAGGUUAAGAAUGAAGAUCUAAGUGAUAACCGAUAUAUACUGUUUUCAGUGUAAUUAGUAUUAUUCUUAGCACCUAAAUGGAGUGCUUUUUUUUGUAUAUAUUUUUUUAUAAGCUGUAAGCCUUGUGUUGUAUUUUAAACAGUCACGGGAUUUUGUUUUGUGCUGUACUUUUGCACUGUAUAUUGAGAGGUACAGAUAUUGUAGUUUUAAAAUUGUUGAUGUUUUCACAAAAAUAGGUUUUUAAAACUAUGUUGAAAUAUUCAGAGCGAGGUUUUUAAAAUUGUGUCAACAUUUACAGAUACCGGUUUUAUUGUAGACUAUGUUGAAAUGUACAGAUACCGGUUUUAUAAUGGACUGUGUUUAUAUAAACCGAUGCAGAGCUUUUAAAAUUGAAUUUAUGUUGAAAUUUUCAGAUACUAAGUUUUUUAAAACUGUUUCAUUUUCUUUCUGAAGUAUAACAAAUGUUAAUGGUGUUAGUGUUUCAGUGGCUCUUGUGAAGGCUUAAGACCUGGUCAAGACUGAUUAUUGUGGUUAGUGGUGCUAGGGGUCAUCUGCACUGAUAAGACACAUGUGCAAGAGUUUGGGUAUCUUUAUUCCAAAAUGUUUCGCCUACGCAGUAGGCUUCUUCAGUUGAGUACAGAGAAGGCAGCAGAAAUAGUAGAGAUGUAAAGUUGAUGUAAUCAGUCCAUCACCCUUGAAGACGUAGUUUUGAGGUGGCCAGUCACGGCCAUACAGUAAUACUGGGGAAGUGCUAGAUCUGUAGGGAUCAUACAGUGCUUAGGGAAUGUGCGGGGUGAUCCUGAUCUAGGGAAGGGGAGUAAAGUUCCAUCACCAGGAUCAGAGUAACUUAAGUGUCACUAGCAUCUCUAACCACUAUAACAACAUUCAUAUCAGUGCACUGUCUUCAUUUUAUCUUUUAUAAUUUCUUUCAAUUUAAAAUUCCAUCCAGUUGGCCACUAUAUCAGUUUUAUAAAUUUGUUUGCAGAGAACUGUACACACAUCCAGGGUGUUAAUUUCAUAUAACAAAUUCUGUGAUUAGAUAGUGACCUGAAUUUAAUUAAUAAAACAGGAAAGGGUUUUAUAAUUGCACAAACACACUCAGCACGUCUGGCAAGGUGUAGGAAAUGUGUGUGUUGCAGAGCAAGCUGUUGUUGCUUGCCUCUGUGUAGAGCUCUAUUAAGUCACGACCAGAUGGAGUUCCACGCAGAGUGAAGCAUCUCUACGUGUGUGGGCUCCAUGACACGUAUAUUUCCUUCGCCACUACCAAUAGUAUGCCAUUUGGAUCAAACAUCUGGCAAACUUUUCUAGACGCCAUACUUUCAUUGUCUUCCCAUAAUGGCCGCGUCAGCCCCGCCAUCUGGCGAGGCUUCUCAAAGACUCUUAAGUAAAAUUAUCGGAAACGAAGGUGUUGAACACCUUACGCGUCCCAUUCCAGUGGAAAGGUUGGUAACAACAUGUGAGGAGACGCAGUGCAUUGUUCCAUGGAGUGUUAAACCCAUGUGGGUCACUAAGUGCAAGGGGGCCAUAAGGCUCAAUUCUGUAUUUAGGUCUGUGUGUGCCGAGGAGCACAAAAGAACGGUGGAGGCUCCAUCCUCCGUCCAGUAAACCUGCCCUGGUCUCUGAUCGGCCAGGCUGUUGGUGAUGCAAAAAAAAAAAUCAGUGGAGAAAAUGAAUUACAUCCUGUAAAAGUAAUUUAAGGAAAUCUGCCAAAGCUGACAGCCACUGCUUUACACUCGGUCACUGCCGUCACUUGCCACUUUCCACUCGUCGACAGCGAGAGGUCGGAAGCACUGCACACAUCUUUCAAGAGUCGAUCUGCCGUCGGACGCCGCUGGCACCAGGAGUAUUAUUUGUCAAUUGAGUUGUGUAUAGAUGUUGCAUGCAUGACAUUGUUUUGAAUGGUCUUAAUUUGGAAGAUAUUUUGUAUAAUGAAAAAUACUCUCGUAUAAUAUCUUGUGUAAUGAAAUAAAGAAAAAAAGAGG